UUUUUUCUUCUCUCGAUGUCUCCAUGGUAGUGUUGAGGGUACUAGGGUACUGGGGUAUUGGCGUGCUGAGAUCGAGGGUGAUCGAGAAUAUUCGAGAUGUCCAGCCGUGUAAUAGCAGUAAAUCCGCGCUAUUGUGACGUCCUGAACGGGGUGCCCUCCUAUUUGCAAUUUCCCAAUUCGGAAUAUUUCUAAUUCAGAAUUCUUUUAAUUCCACCUUAUUUCCGAUAGUUGCCUCAUUAAGAUUCAUCGUUCCCUCACACUGUUGGAACGAUCUUCCAAGCCGUUAAGACGCUAUUCUAACAUUGCGAACAUGGCGGAGAAUGAACCGAACUUAUGGCCUGAGGAAGAGGUUGACCUGGCAAUUAUUGGAGGUGGCCCUACCGGACUUCUCUCCGCGCUUCUCGCAGCCCGCCUAGGCCUGUCCGUAAGGGUUAUAGACGGCAAAUCUGGACCCUUGGAGGUUGGCCGAGCAGAUGCCCUGAAUGCGCGCACACAACAAUACCUCGAGGUAGUAGGGGUCCUAAAUAGACUACUCCCGCUUGGAAUCGAGUGCAAUACUAGCUCGACGUUCUCAGAGGGCGACUUUAAAUCUCGCCAGAGCCAUUGGUGGACGUCGCUUGAGCAUUGUGCUCAUCCCAACUUUUUGAUGAUCGGCCAGUCUGUCGUAGAGCAAGUGCUUAAGGAUGACCUAGACUUACCUGUAUACUACCAGGAAAAGGUUGUCUCUAUAUCCGAGACAAAAGAUGGUGUCACGCUGAAUACGGACCGCGGACGCAAAGUCCAUAGUAAAUAUGCAAUCGCCGCCGAUGGUGCGCGCUCAACGGUCCGUCAAGCGCUGAAUAUCAGUUUCACCGGAACGAAGCCUGAAAUGGUGUGGGCUGUGCUCGACACGUUCAUUGAUACCGACUUCCCUCGAUGCUCAGAAAUCAUUACUUUCCAACUCAGGGGUCAAUCUCGGGUGUCAUGGAUUCCUCGGGAACGAGGCAUGGCGAGAUUUUACGUCCUUCUCGAUGGAGACAUCACACAGAAAAGGACGGAAGACUCAAUCAGGGAACAUAUGACGCCGCACAGGAUUGAUUUCGUCAGGACGGAGUGGUUUUCAACCUUCGAUGUCAAAGAACGUAUUGCUUCCACGUUUGUCUCGAAUCAAGGAACGGGCCGUAUCAUUUUAGCAGGGGAUGCAGCCCAUGUUCACUCAGUAAACGGUGGCCAAGGUUUAAACACUGGUAUUGCAGAUGCUUUCAGCCUUGGUUGGCGUCUCGCAGCUGUAAUCAAGAAUACCAACUUGACCUCCGGUGCCGCGGUAAAAUUGAUACGCAGCUAUGAUACUGAGCGCCGUGCAGUAGCACAGGAAGUCAUUGAUGUUGCAGCGACUUUAGUUCGAGACACGAACCAUACUGCAAAGCAGUAUGUUUCUACGAUUGAGAAGAAUGCGGGAUAUAUUACCGGAAUGGGUGUCUCGUAUGAUUGGACUGGAUCCGAAUUAAUCGAAGAUUCCGAGCAAAACAUAUGGAAAGCAGGUAAAAGAUGUCCAGAUAUUCAGCUCAUCGGUGUUGGAACCAAUGAGGUGGUACGCUUGUAUUCGAUCACCUCGUACGGAAAGUAUCUAGUUCUCUUCGUAGGAGAGUCCGGGGUUCUGCAGUCGUUCAGGGACAUCUGCACGUAUCUCAUCCUACGCGCCGGCGCUUCGGUACAGGCUCCAGUUAAUGGUCAUAGUAAUGGCUCCCAAGAUGAACCGCGAAUCUUCUCUUCGGAUAUUGUUACCACCCAGGAUAACUUCAUCGUGGUAGUAAGGCCAGAUAUGUAUAUUGGUUAUGUUGGGAAGGGAGACGGAUGGAAACAAUACCUAGGACAGCUAUAUGUCCCAUGAUUAAACAUUAAAUACAAAACUUGGAGAGACUUACUUGCAGUCUCUAGAUGGGAAUAAUCUGUUUAUCACAACUCAUAGAUAAUUUAUUUCUUCAAAAUUGAGGAUUAUAAGAUUACUAGGUUAGUGCUGUGUCCGUACUAUGUAAACUCCCCUUCCGCACCUUAAAGAGAGCUGCGCUUUGAUUAAGCAUUUGACUAGUAAUUAAGGCUAGCGUUGCCAAGGGUUUGGAGCGAAUACAAGUACAUAAGAGGCUAUUCCAGUUUUCAUC